CUUGUUAUAAAAACCAGUUCAUUCGUGAGCAAACGAUUUUCUUUCUGAUCGUGUGAGUUGAAAUUAAAAUUAUCUGCUUUAGAAAUUUGCAGUUUUGAUUUGGUUGUUUUGGUAAAACUACUCACCUAAGUUAUCCAGAAGCGAGUGAAGGCAAAUCAGCGUGGGUAAGAGCGAAUUUGAGAUUUGUCGUUGACCGCCCCAACAUAUCGAUGGAAGCGCAACGCGUCCACGACCAGGAUCCCGCAUCCGCCCGCGAUCUUGAUCGCAUCCGUAGUGGGCACGAUGCGGCGUACGUGAAGAUCGCCCAGGGGCUGACCUUGGAGGAAUCUGGUCAGCACAAGGAGGCCAUUCCGCACUACGACGAGGGCUUGCGCCAGAUGGAGCAGGCGCUCAGUGUGCGCUGCGAUCAGACGUUCUGCGCUGGCCCCGCGUGGGAUCGGGCGCGCAAUAUGCAGGAGAAGAUGCGCCGGAUCCGCAAAGUACUGGACGAUCGGCUGUCGUAUCUGCGUUCCACGGAGGAGGUGGACGACGCCUCACUGAAGCAGUUUGCGCAAAAUCUUAAGAACACCAGCCCUCCUAGCUACUCCGAGAUGCAGCUGCAGGAUGAAUUUUUGACGGAAGGCGGUCCGUUCGAGAAAGGGGGCAAUGAGGCCACCACCCCCGUUGAGAACGCCACGGAGGUGUUCUGCAUUCCGGACGAUGUGCAGAUCUUCUUCGUGUCACCGGAAGGACACGUCAGCGCUCCUAGUUAUCCGGCAUCAUUGAAAAUUCUGCGCUUGGAACAUCCGCCGCCUAACGGCGUUCCGAACUGUACGACCUUCCUGCAAGUGGGCACCUGGGUAUAUCCUUUGCUCCCUGGCGGUUCACCCUCGGUACAUGCCGAUUACGGUGCCUACAUGCUGCCCGAUUUAUCAAGCGACGUGGAGGGCGCCUGCGUAGGCAUUAUCCUGGGCCGGUCCAUCUCGGAGGAGACAAAGAACCAUUUCCGUGACCUCAUGAACCAGUUGACGGCAAUGAAGGAGUCGCGCGUUAUCCAGGAGGUGGCGGAAGCCGUGCCGGAAGAGAAAGUGGCCACGCUGAAGCGCGAGAAUGCCGCAGAGCUGGAGACGGAAGCGGCGGCCCGCGGUCAGGACACCACCUACCGCAGCAGUAUCUCCAAAAAGAUCCUGGAUGGCGCUGAAUUGGUGGUGUGGGGCAUUCAUACCGGAUCGGACAAGAUUCACAAUUUUGUCCGUGAGCAUGCAGUGUCGGUCAAGGGAAAGAUUGAUCAAAAUGGCCAGCCGCUUAUCGCCAAUCCAGUGUUGCGAAAGAGCGUUAAAUUUGCCCGGGUGGCCUCGGGUUGGUCGUAUAAAAUCAGCAAGAAGGCCGUCAAGCAAGUGGGACAUGUUAGUAUGGUCAUUGCGCGUUACUUGGCUCCUAAACUGACCGCCAGCAUCGAGAAGGCCGUCCCGAAAUCCUGGUCGAAAGCGGACGAGUCUGGCUACUCCAAAAUGGACACGGCGUACGAAGUGGGCGGAUGCGCUGUGCAGGGUGCCGCCAUGGUUUACGUAGCGCUGGACAACGCAGCGAAACUGUUGGCCGCCGGCAUCAUCGACGAGAGCGUACAGAUUGUUCACCUGAAGUACGGGGAGAGCGCCGCAGACGCCGUAUAUGCUGGCGGUAACGUCGUCAUGACCGGGCUGACCCUGCGCAAUCUGGGUGUGAAGGGCGUGGCCAAGAAGGCUGCCAAGAACACCGGCAAAGUGAUGUUCGAGGACUGGCAGACGGCCAAACGAAUGCGGAAUGACUCGGGGGGAUCCACGGUGACAACGACGUCGACGGUGCCGGCUGAUGAGAAGAGUGGCACAUUGCCCAUGUAUCCCAAAUUGGGAUGAAUUCGGCGCUGUUUCUCCUUAUUUAUAAAUUACUCGUUUACGCUGCUGUGCUCCAGUAUUAUUGAUGCUUAUCAUGAAUUUAUAAAUAAUCACAUUUUUUACUGAUAGUUUUGAUGGCUUUGGUCUGCAUUUUAUACUGUACCGGUUUUACUCUGAUCAGAUUCUACAAGCAUUUGUGAACAUUUGAUUGCUUCCUCAAUUUUCAGAUACUGACUGAAAUUUUCCUACUCUUGAGUUUUGGAUUGUGUAACAACCUAAGAGAAAAACGAUGCGAAAGAGAAAAUUCAUUCAAAUCCACAAUUCUCAGUGU